AUGGAAGUUAGAAAAUCAAAAGAGAAACAAUGUUUGGUUUGUUAUAAAUCAUCAAAUGGAAUGCAUUUUGGAGCAAUUACUUGUAGAGCAUGUGCUGCUUUUUUUCGGUAAAAAAAACAAUUGAAAUUAAUUUAAAUAAUUAUAUAUUUUCAGACGAACAAUUGUAUCAAAUUUUGAAUAUGAAUGUGGUAAAAGGAACAAUAAUUGUGAUGUCGAUGAAAAUGGAAAAUUUGCAUGUAGAUAUUGUCGAUAUAUAAAAUGUCAACAAAUUGGAAUGAAACCUGAUAGUAAGUGUAAUUAUUCGAACAAAAAAUUAUAAAAUUUGAAAAAUAAUAUAAUAUUUACAGCAUUGAAAUUAGAUUAUGAUCCAACAUUUUCAAUUAAAGGAUCAGUUGAUGAUUAUUCUGGAAGUGAAAUAUCAAAUACAAAUUCAUCAAUAUGUUCACCAAGUUAUUCGAAAUCUGAAGAAGAAAAUGUAGAAAAUAAUAGAUAUUUAUUCAAUUUUUCACCAAAACCAUCAAACAAACCAAUUGUGGAAAUUGAUUUUUUGGAUUUAUCAAAAAAUAUUGAAUAUUUAUUUGAUAGCAGCCAAAAUGAAGAAAAUGAAAAAGAUGAGCUGAAAUUAUUAACAACUUCAAUUUUAGAUUUUCGAAAAAAUCAAAAAAAUAAAAUGAUUGAAAUUAAUCAAAUGGAAAUAUUUGAUAUGGUUAAAUUAUUGAAAAAUGAAAUAAUUUGGAAAUGGGCAAAAUGGAUGAAUUCAAGUAAUUUAUUCAAAACAAUUGGAAAACAACAAAAAAUGCAAUUAUUUCAAAAUUCAUGGAAUAUUUUACAUAUUUUUGAAAGAUUACAAAUAACAUCAAACAAUGAAGAACUUUUGAAAUCAAAUGAAAUAUUAAUUUCUGAUAAUUUAUUAUGGAUUUGUGGAAAAUCAUAUUAUAAUAUAUCAAGUAUUUCGGAAAUUACUAAUCAAUAUUUUUCAAAGUAAGUUAUUUUUAAUAAUUAAUUAAUUAACUUAUAAUUUAUUAAUUUAUAGAUUAUUUGAUCCAUAUCUUCAAAGAUUUAUUGAUGAAAUUGGCAAAAAAUUAUAUGAAAUGAAAAUAGCUGAUGAAGAAUUAAUAUUUUGUUUGGUUCAAUUAUUAGGAUAUGAUACAACUGAUUUAACAAAAGAAACUAUUGAAAUUAUUGAAAAUUUAAAAGAUAAUGUUGCUGAUAAAAUGCAUUAUUUUUAUUCAAAUAAAUUCAAUUUAACUAUUUAUUCAAGUCGUUUAAUUAAAUUACUAAAUAUUGUGAAAAAUAUGAGAGUGAGUUGAUAUUAAUAACAAAUUAAUUGAAUAUUAUAAAAUAAUCUAUGAUCAUUUCAGAAAAUUGCAGCCGAGAAAAAUAAAAUCAAAGAAUUAUUCUACAUUUUCGAUAUUUUUCAUGCUGAUAUUUCAGAUCCUUAUUUUUUCGAUAUUUUUUAA